AUGGGCGACUGCAACCCCACUGCCACGCCAAUGGAGGCGCGCUUGAAGCUGAGCAAGAAGGGGAACGGGAAGGCAGUAGAUCCCACCCUCUACCGCAGCACUGUCGGCGGGCUGCGCUACCUGGUACACACGCGCCCCGACAUUUGCUUCGCGGUGAGCUACUUGAGCAAGUUCAUGGAGGCUCCCACCAGCGAGCACUGGAGCGCGGUGAAGCCCCUGCUUCACUACAUCGCCGGAACCAGGAAGUUGGGCUGCGUCUACACGCGCCAAGAUGAGGAGGCUCGUCUCGUCGGCUACAGCGACGCAGAUUGGGCAGGGGACAUCGACGAUCGCAAGAGCACCAGUGGGAUGCUGUUCUACUACGGCAGCUGUCCCAUCUCCUGGCAAGCGACGAAGCAGAAGAUCGUCGUCCUCUCCACCUGUGAGGCGGAGUACGUCGCCGCCACUGGUGCGGCGUGCCAGGGCAUCUGGCUCAAGCGGCUGCUGGGAGAGCUGCUUGGGCGCGACGGCGGCAUCACCGAGCUGCGCGUCGACAACAAGUCAGUGAUCGCGCUGGCCAGGAACCCGGUCUUCCACGACCGGAGCAAACACAUCCAAAUCCGCUACCAUUUCAUCCGUCAGUGCGUGGAGAACGGCGACAUCGACAUUCAGUCCGUUCGCACUGACGGCCAACUAUCUGACAACAUGACCAAGGCGCUUGGGCGAGUGCGUUUCCAGGAACUGCGCCAGCACAUCGGCAUGGUCAAGGUGAAAGAAAACUAG